AUGUCAAGCCAAGUCAUUGAUACUGCAUUUCGUUCAUCUAAGCUCAAUGAAUGUUACGUGUUCAAGAAGAAAAGGUUUACGGUUGUGAAUUAUGCUCCGGGAGCCAAGAAGGAUCGUGUUGUUAAAAGGCCGAUUCAUACUUCUGAUGGUUUUCCAUUUCUUGAUGAAACACCAUUUGAAAAGGUAGUAGAUUGUGCCUUUGAGACAGAAGGCACCGAAGCGAUCAUCUUCUCUGGCAAUAAAUGUGCCAAAAUAGAUUUCGCUCCGGAUUCAGAUACAGAGUUAGUCGAUGGCCCUGUUCCAAUCACUACCAUGUUCCAUUGUCUCAAGGGAACAUUUUUAGAAAAUGGAAUAGACGCUGCAAUUAAGUGGACCGGACAUAAUGUUUUCUUAUUCAAAGGAAAUGAGUAUGUUCGUAUGGACUAUCACAGUAAGACUAUUGUGACUCAUUACUCCAUUCGUUCUGGUUUUAAGAGUUUGCUCGGUACGGUCUUUGAAAAUGGAAUUGAUGCAGCAUUUGCUUCUCAUGUUCCGAACCAAGCUUACGUUUUCAAAGGAGAAUACUAUGCACGUAUUGAUAUUUCCAACGAAGGCGACUGUAUUGUCAAUGGUAGAGUAAAGCUGUUCCAUGAUGAAUGGCCUGCUCUUCAAGGUCUAUUGAACUUCUAG